AUGUACCUUGAGGUUAGUGAACGUCAAGUGCUAGAUGCCUCGGACUUUGCCUUUCUUCUGGAGAACAGUACCUCUCCUUAUGAUUACGGGGAAAACGAGAGCGUCUUUGACUCCCCGCCCUGCACACAGGACUUCAGUCUGAACUUUGACAGAGCCUUCCUGCCAGCCCUCUAUAGCCUCCUCUUUUUGCUGGGGCUGCUAGGCAACGGGGCUGUGGCUGCUGUGCUACUGAGCCAGCGCACUGCCCUGAGCAGCACAGACACCUUCCUGCUCCACCUGGCUGUGGCCGAUGCACUGCUGGUCUUGACCCUGCCGCUAUGGGCAGUAGAUGCUGCUGUCCAGUGGGUUUUUGGCUCUGGCCUCUGCAAAGUGGCAGGUGCCCUCUUUAACAUCAACUUCUACGCAGGGGCCUUCCUGCUGGCCUGCAUAAGCUUUGACCGCUAUCUGAGCAUAGUGCAUGCCACCCAGAUCUACCGCAGGGACCCCUGGCUACGCGUAGCCCUCACCUGCAUAGUUGUCUGGGGACUCUGUCUGCUCUUUGCCCUCCCAGACUUCAUCUUCCUGUCAGCCAGCUAUGAUCAGCGCCUCAAUGCCACUCGCUGCCAGUACAACUUUCCCCAGGUGGGUCACACGGCUCUGCGUAUCCUGCAGCUGGUGGCCGGUUUCCUGCUGCCCCUUGUAGUCAUGGCCUACUGCUAUGCCCAUAUCCUGGCUGUGCUGCUGGUCUCCAGAGGCCAGAGGCGCUUACGAGCCAUAAGGCUAGUGGUGGUGGUGGUGGUGGCCUUUGCUGUCUGCUGGACCCCCUAUCACCUGGUGGUGUUGGUGGAUAUCCUCAUGGACCUGGGAGUUUUGGCCCGAAACUGUGGUCGAGAAAGCCACGUGGACGUGGCCAAGUCAGUCACCUCGGGCAUGGGCUACUUGCACUGCUGCCUCAACCCACUGCUCUAUGCCUUUGUGGGGGUGAAGUUCAGAGAACAAAUGUGGAUGCUGCUCAUGCGCCUGGGCCGCUCUGACCAGAGAGGGCUCCAACGUCAGCCAUCAUCUUCACGGCGGGAAUCAUCGUGGUCUGAGACGACAGAGGCCUCCUACUUGGGCUUGUAA